AUGUCGCGCAAACCAGGGGCGCCCACCCCCCGCGCCGGGCCUGUGGCAGCCCCAAUCCAGGCAAUCGCCCUGACCAACACCGACGGCGAGGAGCAGUGCCCCAUCUGCAAGACCCUCCGCUACAUGAACAAGUCCAUGCGAUUCCUUAUCAACCCAGAGUGCUACCACCCUCUCUGUAAUAACUGCGUCGACCGGCUGUUCGAGAACGGACCCAACCAGUGCCCCUACGUGGGCUGCCACAGGACCCUGCGCAAGAAGAACUUCCGCGAGCCCGUCUUCUCCGACCUGUCCGUCGAGCGCGAGGUCGACAUCCGGCGCCGCGUCGCCGCCGUCUUCAACCGCACCGAAGACGAGUUCGAGGACCUGUCCUCCUUCAACGAGUACCUGGAGAUGGUGGAGGCCCUGACCAUGGACCUCGUGUACGGCGGGCCCGCCGACCAGGCCGCCGCCAACGAGAAGCUGCUACAGUGGGAGGACGAGCACAAGGCCGAGAUCGAGCGCAACAAGCGCAUGGGCGAGCGGCAGAAGGAGUCCACGCGCAAGCAGAUCGCCGCCGAGAAGGAGGCCGCCCGCCAGCGCCGCGCCGAGGCCGCCCAGGCCGAAGAGGAGGAGCGCCUGGCCAAGAUCAAGCAGCGCGAGGAGGACCUCGACACCCUGGCGCGCGCCCCGCAGGGCCAGGCCACAAAGGUCAUGCUCAAGCGCCGCGGGCAGCACCGCAAGGAGGAGCUCGCCGCCUCGGAGGCCGCGGCACUGCGCCGGGCUGCCGCGGCAGCUGCCGGCGGCUUGUCGAUCCGCGGCCUGAAGAAGAAGGGCGACGCGGCGAGGGACGCCGACGCGGGUCCUUACGAUCCCUUUGGCAGGCUGGACCUCAGCAGCACGCGGUACAAGCUCGAGAGGGACUACAGGAACCCAUUCCUGGACAGCGCCAAGCACGACCAGAAGUACACGUCUGGCGGGUACAGCGUACAGGAGUACUACGCGCGGGCCAUGUUUGAGGCUUUUGCCGGCAUGUCUGUUUUCGUCAACGACGAAAAGGAGACUGGCAGACUGGGCAUGGACUUUGGGGACGUCGCCACGGGUGGCGCAGGCCUGGCUGCACAGACGGACGGGGUCGGGGACGCCGCCGCAAGGACUGCCGUCAAGAGGGAGAGGGCCGAGGUGAAGCUCGAAAUGGAUCGCGAGGUCGAGCAGGAUGCUAGGGGAGAGCAAGUAGUCAAGGUCGAGCAACCGAUCAAGAUGGAAUUAGACGACUGA